AUGCCUGGCGCUUUCACCUACUUCGCCAACGCCCAGUCCACCUUCAAGCCACCCCUUAUCGCAAACGAAAAUGCCUACCUGGGGGACAUAGUCUCGAGUGAACACAAUGAUCCCGAAAAGCCCAUCUCGGGCGGUUUCUACCGCCUGGAGAAAGGCACGCCGCUAGUCUACGAGUACCAUUUCGAUGAGACGAAAAUCAUCCUCGAGGGUGAAUUUGAGAUCUCGGACGAGACCGGACAGAAGGUUACGGCGGGUCCGGGGGAUGUCUUUUAUUUUCCGAAGGGAUCGAAGAUCACCUUCACGACGCCGUCGUACGGCUUGGCGUUUUUCACUGGACAACGGGCCAAGAUGUAA